GUCAUAGUGAAGAGUUCUGACAAAACAUGGGCCACUGGAGGAGGGAAUGCAAACCACUCCAGUAUUCUUACCACAAGAACCCCAUGGACUGUAUGUACCCACAUUAGCCCUGUAUUUGUUAUCAUUAGGGUCAGAGUAAGGAAGACAGACUCUAUUUUCUUGAAUUUUUACUCCUCAGGAGGAUUUGAGCAUAGUCCAGUAUUGAACCAUCAGAGAUCCUUAAAUUCUGAGCAGAGCAAAGCAUUGAAACAUGCAACCACUUCCUAUACAUGAGAUGUUUAACCAAGACUGGGACCUUGACCUGGUUUAGCCCAGGGUCUAGAAACACAACCAAGAAGUUGAGGUUUUCCCUAGAGGUACCAGAUUUAUGCAGAGGCAGGAACAAGAGCGUGUCAUCAUCAAAUACCAUAUAAACCUCAAAUACUGUAGGAACUGCAAGUAUACCAGAAUACAGGAUCAUCAACACUCCUGUGCAAAUUAGGGGUCAAACUCAUGCAGCAGCUGGAUUCUUUCAUGACCCUGUCAGCAACAGGGGAAGCAGAAGCAAACCUGCUUAUCAUAACUAAAAAAAUAAAUGUCAGCAUGGGACUGGGGUAUUCUAAUGUGCUGUUCUGCUCCUGAGUUAAAGUCUGCCUGAAAAAUAUUGACUGGAAAAGAGAAGUAUCUGUUUAUGUCACCAGAGAAAAACAGGAGAGAAGUCGGGCCUGACUUCUGGCCCGGUGAACACCAUCUAUGGCUACUGAAGGAUAAGAAUGCUUCUUCAUGCUCUCAACUAUUUUAAGUUUGUGUAUUUUCUUUUUAAAAAAGCUUUUUUUUAAAUAAUAAUAAAAUGCUUUACUGUCUUUUGUAAUUACAAAGGUAUGCAACGCCCCCUCAGGGAUUGGCCUCACUCAUAGACAGUGGAGAACAAUGUGAUCCAAAAGAAGUGAUAAGUAGGAAGAAUAUUCUGGUGACAGCAAAAAGGUUGGCUUAGGGUGGUCCAGUCAGGAUAGUUCAAGCAGAGGAAUUUACCACAGGAAAUUUGCUACAAGGGCUAUAGAAACCAGAGGGAAGGAACAUAAAGGAGAUCCCAGAGACCAGAAAGCUGCUGCAAAUCUGGUCCAUGCCCACAUGCCUGCACUGACUGAUACACAGCUGGAGACUGCUAGAGGCACUGAUUCCCACUCUUGCCACCUCGGGAGCCGCCAAAGUUGCUGGGACACAGUCGAUUGCGGUGGCCUGAAACUGCCACUCCAGGGGAUGAAUAGAUGGCUUCUCUGCCAGCUAAUCUCCCAACGGUGUCUGCAAGCAGCCAACAAGUGUGUUUGAGGAAUGUGGUUUCUAGACAUCUUCCGCCUGACACACAGAGAAAAACACAGAAGGGCAGGGAUAGAUCUGAAUGUCAAAUCUUGCAGAAGGGACCCAGGAGGGAGGCCAGGAUGUGGGUCUCCAUGGAGGAAGGAGGCCUGGAUUCUGGAGCUAGCUCUGCUGUUGAUGUGCUGUGUCCUCUCCAAGGCAGUAUAGCACAAUGAUCCAGGACAUACAUAUACUCUGUGUCCUCAUAAGCAAAGUGGGGAAUAACACCCACCCCAAAGGAUGGUUAUGAGGGUUAAAUAGGAUAAUGUAGGUAAGGCAGGACAAGGCCUGCAAGAUAGUUCCAUUCAACAAGAUAGUUGUUAUGUUAUUUUCCCUAUAAUUUCAAUUUCAAUUUCAAUCUGUAAAGAAAAGUGAAGAAGGAGGGGGUUAAAUCAUCUUUGCUACUCUCUAACCAGCCAGAGGAAAGAGGAACUAACAGUUACUCUCAAUCUGAGCCUGUGCAGGGCUGGAUUUUAGAGACACAGAGAAAAAUUAAUAAUACCCCUGCCUUGAAAGAGCUCACAGUUGGAUGAGAAAGCAGAAGAAAUUCACUGAUUCAAGGUAAAAUGUGCUCAGGGUAGAAGGUCUGCAGGGAAAGGUCUUGAAGGAUACAGUGAUGGGUUUUGUAGCAUAAUGGAAGGAUUUACACAGGCGCCACUUUAAACUCAAAAUGAUUAUCUGUGACCCUGGGCAAUUCACUUAGUCAUCCCUGCCUCAGUUUCUUUGUCUGUUUAAGUGGAGAUUAUAAAAGAACUUUCCUUACAUAGCCGUUGUGAACAUUAAGGGAGCUGUACAUAAAGCUCCUCCCUUUAGUACCUAGCACUGAAAUGCGCUCAAACAUGAUCAGAUUCCCCCCAGGCGGUGAGAAGGGCACAAGUGUUCAGCUACAAGGCCUGAACUAGAGAAAUGGAAAUGCAAAGAGGAAAUGACGGCUAAAGAGGAUAUCAUAGCUACAAGAUCCCUUAAUUAUUGUGGAUAAAGUUAGAGAAACUGGCUAGGCACCCACCCCAGGUGAGAGGCACGAGCUGGCGCACUGCCUCAGCGUCCGCGUUGCCCGUGGCAACCGGCAGUCCUUGCCUCUGGCCUGGUCGAAAAUGCGCAAGAGCAGUAAGAUGGCUCUGAGCUCCUGGUCCCCGGAGCUGGGGUUAGGCAGCAAGAAGGCGCUGCCGGUGGCCGCCGUCUCCACCGGCCCCUCCCUGGAAUUAUGCACCUUCCCCUCCACGCUGGGCUCCUCGGUCGCGACCGACGCUCUUGAGCAGCUCCUUGUUGUGGAACAAUCACUGCAAAGUGACUAUUUUAAAUGCAAUGAAGAAGCUAAGAACUUUCUUAAGGACGUUGCUAUCGCUGUUAAGAAAUUGGAAGAAAUGAGAAAGUCCACAAUAGAUCUUCUGGAAAUUGAAAGCAUGGAACUCAGCAGAUUAUAUUUUGUAUUGGAAACUCUUCCCAGUAGUGUUAGCAGAGAACUGGAAGAAUGUGUCAGGGAUGCACGCAGAGUGAAUCUUGUUGAGAUGAGUGAACUACACACAAAAAUUACAAGGAUAAAUGAUGAAAUCGAGUUUCUAAAGAAGAAAAUACUCCAUCUGCAAACAGAUAAUACAACUCUAGGUGAAAGGCAAGAGGAGCUAGCGAAGCAUUAUGGAAAGAUUGUCCUGUCACUCAACCACGCAAUGAAAGAAAAAGCCACUACCACUAUUUACAUCAAUGAGACUUAUACCAAAAUUAACUGGGAGAAGAAAGAACUAGAAUUGCAGAAAACAUACAUUCAAGAAAUAGAGGGGCAAAUAGAAAGAGAAAGAGCAGAAUAUUUGAAGAAAAAAGAAAAACUGAAUCAAGAGAUUGAAGAAUAUAAAAAACUCUGUGAACUUAAGAGAAAGGAAACUUACGCAAAGAAGAAAGAACUGGAUAAAUUAAGGCUUACAAUGACAAAAAUGAGAGAAACUGUUACUACGAGCACAGUGGUUCUUAGUGAUCACAAUUUAGAAUUAGCACGACUACAGGAAUCAGUAAGAGAGUGGGAACACAAGAUUGAAGAAAUGAAGAAAUCUUGUAAGAUCCUGGAGGAUAAAAUGCUUUUUUUUAAGAAUAACAGGGAAAAACUGGAUGAGUCAUCAAAUUUUGAAAAAAGUGAAUUACUGCUGAAGAUAAAACAGAUGGCUGAAAAGUUACACAAAUGUCGUUUAGAGAACAAAGCUCUACGAGAGAAGUUGCAUACAGUUUCCAGACAAUAUAAGAUUGUCUUAAAUGAAGAGGAUAAAGUUUUCAUGCAGAAACGGAAAAUUUAUUCUGAAAAUCAAAAACAACUGGCAUUUAUAGCUCAGAAAGAAAACUUCCUAUCAAAAAGAAAAGUAGACAUCAAAAAUAUGGAAGAAGGACUUAUUACUCUCAGUGAGCUUCAUCGAGCAACAAAGGAAGUAUAUCGGAAACAAAUAAAAAUCCUGAAUGAGAACAUGGAAAGAGAAACUCAGAGAUGUAUUAUAACUCAGUGGAAAAUAGCUUGUUUGCGAAAAAAACAUGCACGUUGGGUCAAAAAUAUAAAAGAUGAAAUAAAAAAACUUAUAGAUAAAAUUCAAGAAGCUGAAAAUAGGCGCAGUGAAUUAAUAGAAGAGACCAGUAUUAGAGAACACGAUAUCAACGAGUUUUUGGCAAAGAUUGAACAACUUACAUUAGAAUUAAAACAAGAGGAGGAUGCAUUUGUUAUCAAAGAACGAAAGUUAAUUCAAGAAUUAAGCAAGUUUGAACAAAGAUUCGCUGAAGAAGCACAAAUUAGCAAAGAAAAGGAAGUUGAGUUAGACAAGUGUCUUCCACAGCUUCAGGUGGCAGAAGAGGAAUUCACAGACAAAAACAGAAAAUUUCAAAAUCUCAUUGAAACUGUUACAGCACAAAAAAAUGAACAAAAUUUACUGAAUAAUAAUAUUUCUCAAUUUACAAGAGACUUUAUACAAUACAUUAACAACACGAAGAAAGUGAAGCAGGAGUUGAAACAGUUAAGAGAGCAUGAAAGCUAUAAAACCAAAGCUCAUUUUGAAAUUCUAAAAAGCUUAGAAAAUGAAAUCUAUUUACAUGACCUAAAAACAGAUGCUUUGAUCCUGGAAAAUAAAAGAUUAAAAGAGUAUAUUGCAUACCUAAAGGACAACAUAGAGCAAUACGAAAGGGGAGAAGAAGACCUCGUGCGCUCCUCAAGUGACCUGUCUUGUCAGCUGACAGAUCUUCAGACACAAUAUUCGGAUUUGUGGGCUGAAUUUUGGACUACACUUAAGGAACUGAUAGAAAGUGGUAAUGAGACCUUGAGAGAAAUAAAAAAUCUGAUAGGCAAGCUGUGUGAAAGAGAUGAAAAAAUCGAGCAAAUCAGUAUUUUGCUUCAAUCAGACCUUGAUGAGAUGCGUAGUCUUAUGGAAAAGGAAUCGGAGACAGACUUUCUCAAAAAGAAGAAAAAGAGUCCUGUUAACGUAAUCCGCUUCCCAGCAGUAAAAUGUACUAUGAAAAAAACAUCAACGAAGAAAAGCUAACAAAAUACUGGAUACAACUGCCGUGAAUUCAAAAGGAAUAGGAAUAACCUGAGGAUAUCUUCAACCAAACUACCUAAAAACAAAAGACCUGUUAUAUAAAUUAUGCUUUAUUUUUGUAAUAGAUCAAAAUACUGUAUUGGUGAAAAUAAAUAGAUAGCAAACAUAGAAA